UCUCUUCAAUGCUUAAUUUGUUUUAAUUUUUAUACUGAUAUUUCUGAAAUUAUGGUUGAACAUGUAGAAAAGGAUAGAAGCCUAACACAAGAAUGUGAUAUUUCCACAAUUAAUGGAUAUUUUCAAUGUUUAAUAUGUCCAUACAGCACUAAUUUAAAAGCAAACUUUCAAUUACACACUCGUACAGACAAACACCUUCAACGUGUUCAAAUGAUUAAUCAUUUACGAGAAGGAAUUACUGGACUUUUUGGACAAUCCGAACAAUUUUCACGACUUGGAACACUAAAAAGUGCUGUUCAAGUACGCUGUCAGGAAUGCGAAGAAAUAUUUUCUUGGUAA